AUGCUGAAGGUGCUUUUGAGUGGAUCAGAGACCAGUGAGCCAUUGAUUAAAACGAGACAGAUGGAGGAGAGCUUCAGGAAGAAACGCUUCGACCAGCGGCUGGUGUUUGAAGACUCCAACACAUAUUAUCAGUUCUCGUUCGAGGAGUGUGAUGCUCAGGGCUGUGAAUUUCGCAGCGAGGAGGAAUGGCAGAGCGGUGUCCGUCUUCUGCUGCAGCUCGUGCCCUACGUUCAGUUCAGGGUUGUCAGCCCACCCGAGGAAGACCCGGAUAGAAAGCGUGAUAUCUGCAGUGAGAUCCUGCAGAUGAAGGCUCUGGAGAGACUCACGUCCACGGUGCAGAAUGAACUCGCUGCUGCUCUCGCCAGGAAAGCCAAGAAGUCAAUGUCAGAAGACGAAAGCUCGGAGGCAUCAGACGCUUCUCCUCAAGAACCGCAGAAGCCCACUGAAGACAGAAGCAAGCAGGCGGGCGUCUGCGCUCUCCGGGCUCCGGAUGACUUUUCGCGGAUGGAGAUGGUCCAGCGGCUGGCCAAAGACGGCUAUCGCUUCCUCCAGAACCAGAAUUACCGGCUCCCGGACCGCUCCGCUCAGGCGCAGGGCGAGGGCGUCGUGCGCGUCUGUCUGAAGGAGAGGGGUCAAGACGUGCUGGUUCUCCAGAGAGUCCCGUCAGAUCCAGCGUCUCCGCAAACAGCCGGAGUCAAAGAUGAGGACAGCGAUAAGAGGUACGUGGUGGUGUCCGGGACGCCCCAGAAGAUCCUGGAGCACCUGCUGAGCGACCUGCGUCUGGACGAGCAGCAAGGGGCGACGGAGAGCAAAGAGGCGGAAACGCUUCUGGACGACUUCUUGCUGACGUAUCUGGUGUUCAUGUCCACCAGUGAGCUCUGCCAGGCGCUGCUGGGACACUACUCUACGAAGCGCUGCCGGGGGAAGGAGGAGGGAAAGGAGGCCCUCUUCAGGAAGAGGAAAGUACUGCACCUGGUGUCUCAGUGGAGCACGCUGUACAAGGACUUCCUGCGAGAGGAGGAGAACAUCAAGCCCUUCAUGCAGACGUUGUAUCGAUACGUGCUGGAAGACGUUUAUGAGUUCCCCACACUGGAGAAGGACCUGAAGGAGUUCCAGAAACUUCUGCGACGGAGACAUACGGUGGACGACUAUUCUCCACACCAAAAGAAUAAAGCGCUGUACCAGCAGCUGAGUCUGAAGGAGAACUGCGUUCCUCUCCGAGCAUCUCCAGUCGAGAGCAAAGACGUGAUGUGCCGAGUGUAUGUGAGCUGUGAUUCGUAUCUGAGCAUGCGGGUGAAGCCUGCGGUCGUGGCUCAGGAGCUGCUGCACAUCGUCUCUCAGCGGAUGGAGCGAUCCGAGGACGACAUGAUGCUGGUGGCACAGACAUACAGCGGAGAGAAGCGUGUUCUUCAGCCUCAUGACAGUAUUUACUCUGAGUCUCUGACGGCACCCAGCAGACUGAUCGCCUGUCGCAGAGACCUCAGCGAGAUCCUGCCGCCGCUGACGGAGUGUCCAGAGCUGGGACAGAAGCCCGUCAGACUGCUGGGCAUCAACACGUGGGACGUCGCUGUGGCUCUGACAAACUUUGACUGGAAUCUCUUCAACUCCAUCCACGAGCAAGAGCUGAUCUUCUACACGUUCAGUGGUCAGGCGAGCAGUGGCCACACGGUGGCGCUGGAGUUCCUGCUGCAGCGCUGUAAUGAGGUGCAGCAGUGGGUGAUGUCUGAGGUGCUGCUCUGUCCCUCGCUCAGCAAACGAGUGCAGCUGCUCAAGAAGUUCAUCAAGAUCGCCGCGCACUGUAAAGCGCAGAGGAACCUCAACUCCUCGUUUGCCAUCAUCAUGGGCUUAAACACAGCCGCUGUCAGCCGCCUCAACCAGACCUGGGAGAAAGUUCCUGGAAAGUUCAAGAAGCUUUUCUCUGAGUUGGAGCUGUUGACUGAUCCAUCCAUGAAUCACAAAGCCUACAGAGACGCUUUUAAGAAGAUGAAGCCGCCCAAAAUCCCCUUCAUGCCUCUGCUGCUCAAAGGGAACGAGCUUUCUGCGUGUGACGGUCCCGAGGUGCGCUCCAGCGUCCAUUACCUUCACAUCAUCGACAAUCAGCAGACGCUGUUCCAGCUCUCGCACAGACUGGAGCCCCGAGUCUGA